CAGACAGGUGGAGACGUCCUCAAGUAGCUGAUCUGCACCGUGGUGGAACUUGAGGACUGGGUUGGGCUGCAGGACGAGCAGCGGUGGACACUGUGCACCCUCCGUGUGCGGAUCCUCCUGCAGAUGCUGGAUUUACAAUAUAAUUCCAGGUCCAAAAUAUGGUUUGACUGAUUCCACCACCCCGAGCCCUCGCACACAUGCUUGACACUUCAGUGUGGACGCGGGGAGGACGAGGGGUUUAGCUGAAAUGGAUAAAUGAGCACGUGGGCUUCAUUUUCCCCCUGAGAUUAUUACCCUAUUAUAUGCUGUUUAUUCCACUGCCUUGGUCAUGGAGAACCAAGCAGCAGAGUCGCAGAACUAUGAAGAUGUACAGAAAAGCGGCUAUCUCCGCAAGCAUAAAUCAAUGCACCGGCGAUUCUUCGUGCUGAGGGCGGCCUCGGAGCAUGGUCCUGCUCGACUGGAAUAUUACGAAAACGAGAAAAAAUUCCGCAGUAAAUCACCGAUACCCAAGAAAGUCCUGAACCUCGAGACUUGCUUCAACAUCAACAAGCGGGCAGAUUCCAAGAACAAGCACAUGAUAGUCCUUUAUACCCGCAGCGAGAGCUUUGCCAUCGCUGCGGACAGUGAGGAGAUCCAAAAUGAGUGGUACCAAGCGAUGCAGGACCUUCAGUGCAACUGUAAAACUCCUGAAGACUAUGGUAGUAGUGGAGAGUGCAGCUCUCCCUCUCCUGUUCCAACGUUCAAGGAAGUUUGGCAAGUUAAGGUUUGGCCUAAAGGUCUUGGACACGCUAGGAAUUUGGUGGGCAUUUACCGUCUGUGCCUAACUGAUAAGACAGUCAACUUUGUCAAACUCAACUCUGAUGUGGCUGCUGUGGUGUUACAACUGAUGAAUGUUCGCAGAUGUGGCCAUUCAGAAAAUUUCUUCUUCAUUGAGGUGGGACGCUCAGCGAUUACUGGCCCUGGAGAGUUCUGGAUGCAAGUGGAUGACUCGGUGGUAGCUCAGAACAUGCACGAAACCUUGCUAGAGGCCAUGAAAGCCUUAAGUGAGGAAUUCCGUCAACGCAGUAAGUCUCAGUCUGUGGGAACAUCAUGUGGUGGUGGCACUGCUUCAAAUCCCAUCAGUGUUCCAAGUCGGCGUCAUCACCCAAAUCUGCCACCAAGCCAGGUGGGCUUCUCCAGGCGGGCACGCACAGAGACCCCUGGAACAGGAGGUAGCAGUACAAGCACUUCACCUACAUCGCGUCACGGGUUUCCAAGGGCACGAACAGCCAGUAUUGGAGCCAGGUCUGAGGAAGGUGGAGCAAGUGCCCGAGGAACGUGGGCCAGCUCCAGCCCAAGUUUGAAUGGAUCCUGCUCAACUACGCCAACACUGAGGCCCAAGCCCACAAGAGCCCCAACCCCUGCUAAGAUUACCCUCAGCCUUGCUCGUUACACACCCAACCCUGCUCCCUCCCCUGCUCCAAGUCUGUCCUCCAGUUCCGGUCAUGGAUCAGAGUGUGGCCUGGUGGGGGCAGCUGUGGGAGGCAUGAUGAUCUGCUCUUAUCCUCGGGUUUCUCAAAGAGUUUCUGUUUCAGGUUCACCGAGUGACUAUGGAUCCUCAGACGAAUAUGGAUCCAGUCCUGGUGAACACUCUCUGCUUAUACCCAGUCUGUCUGGACAUCAUGGACAUGGAGAGGGAUCCUCCAGCUACAUAGUGAUGGGACAGAGAGAGGGUCUACUUGGCUCCCAUCAUCGCUCCAAAGGCAGGCGGAUUCUGCGGCGCUCAUCCAGUCGAGAAUCUGAGGCAGAACGCAGACUACUAAGUAAGAGGUCUUCUCUGCCUUUGGCUUCCCAUGAACGACUGACCCCCCAUAGAAAAGAUGAAGAUGAUGAGGAUGAUGAAGAGUAUGCCAUCAUGUCACAGAGUAUUAACAGAGAGAGAGCUGAUUUGCACCAUGGCUCAGGGAAUCUGGCAGUUAGAGGUGGUCACCUUGAUAUGGUCGGAGAGAAUAGGAGGAGGGCUGACAAAAACAGGGGAGAAGAGAACACAGGAGCAGCUGUGGAUAGUGGCUAUAUGUCCAUGUUGCCUGGAGUGACGUCUCCUCCUGUUUCACUCUCUCUGUCAAUAGGUAUGUCAGAUGCCAGUGCUAAACCUGGAGCAGAUGACGAGUAUAUGGCCAUGACUCCCAACAACAGUGUGUCUCCCCCUCAGCACAUCCGUCAGCCCAGCUCAGAGGGUUACAUGGUCAUGUCUCCUAAUAGCAGCAGCUCCACAGACCUGCAUGGACUUGGAAUGUGGGACAGCAGGGUAAGCAUGGAGAGCCGCGCUGCCAGUGACUACAUGAACAUCUCACCUGUCAGUUGCCGCUCCGCCUGCAGCACACCGCCUUCCCACCCUGAGCAGCACCAGCUGCAACCAAAAAUGUUCAAUUCCUACUUCUCUCUGCCACGAGCUUAUCAGCAUACUCUCUACACUCGCUUUGAGGAGGACUUAAAGAAAGGAGAGGGAAAAAAAGACAUGAGUGGGCAUGAUAGUGCUGGAAGAGGAGGGGGAGUGGGGUACAGCAAGAGAAACAAAAUUGCAGUGGGCUCUGCAGGAGGCUGCCAACUCUCCAUGUCUUCCUCUUCCUUCUCCUCCAGCUCUGCCAGCAGUGAAAGCCUCGAAGACAAGUCUAUAUCAGCAGGGAGGGGGUUAAGUUUAUUAAGAACUGGAACAGAAUACAAGAGUGCAGGAACAAGUACGAAAGAGGGACAUCACAACCAAAAGCGUGCAUCAAGUAGUAAGAGCCCAAAGCAACAAAGGAGGGGUCGCCCCCUCAGUGUGUCAUCAGAUAUUGCUAAAGCAAACACUCUGCCCAGGGUUAAGGAGAAUCUACCACCAUCAGUGUCGCAGAAUGUCGGUGAGUAUGUAAGUAUUGUUUUCAAGGAAGACAAUAAAUAUGACAGAGGACAAUAUGCGGGCUCUCAACAUAGGCAACCUGUAAUUCAUGGAACUCUGCGGCCUGUGAAUCAACCACUUAUCUGUCAUGAUAGUCCUGCUAACCUUCCCCGCAGUUUCUCUGCACCACUUUCCACCUCUGCUGAGUACGUCAGCAUGGAUUUAGGGAAAUCCUCAACACCCCUGGCUCAUGUUAGAUCCACAUUCAGCACCCUACAGGGCCCACCAACUGUUACCCCCAAGGCCCGACAUGAACAUAGCAUGUCCUCUCCUCUGGGAGCAGAGGGCAGUGCAGGGUAUAGAACAAAAAUAAAAAUGGCAGCAGUGCCCUCAGAUGUUCCCACACAGUUUAUGGACAGAAAAGGUUCAGACCCCAGCAUUUCAGCAAGGCCUGCCAAACACUCUGGUCAGCCCUUAUCUAUAGAGCAGGAGACAAGUUUAAGUUUUUCCCCUGUUAAAACCUUCCAGUCACCUGACCGGAGUGGUAGACUGGUCCAAGGUGAGCAACAGGGACACCUGAGUCACCGCUCAGAGACAUUUAACUCAUCUCCUUUACCACGCCAAGCAUCCUCUUCUACCUCCCUCUUCCCGGAGGACAGCCAGGCAACAAGCCACCGGCAGGGUUUGGACUGCUCUCUGUGGGACAACGGGCAGGUUGCUGCUUUGUCUGCCACACCUCCACCACAAAGCUCCACCUCAUCUAAUGAACAAGGCCUUAACUAUAUUGACCUGGACUUGGCCAUAAAGGAGAGGCCUCAAACUGGAGUGGAGCGCACCUCUCCCGCCUACAACACUGGAGCAAGUGCUAUAGGUAGUAGUACUGGCUCUGGUAUCAACACUUAUGCCAGUAUUGAUUUCUGUAAGUCAGAGGAACUGAGAACGAACCAGAGCAGCAGAAAGGAUGGUCAAGACUGUUGAUCUCCAUCGUCAUCUUAGAUGGGCGCGUGACACGGGUGUGAAAAGUUGAUGGCCUGCUGGCGAAGGGGAUGGCAGGCAGCCCGAUCUGUUGCCACAACAGAGCUCUACACUGGAGUCUGAACACCGAAACCCUGGAAAUCUCAUCACCAUCCUUUCUGCUAUUUUCUGUCAACCAAAUGUGUGCCAAACACACACACACACACACACACACACAAACACAGGGUAAGGAAAAGAUUAGUUUAUUUACCUUUUUUUCCAAUAAAAAUGACAUUUGAUAAUCGUUUAACUUUGUGCAAAUGAAGGAUGAGAGUUUGAUAAGUGAUGCUGUGAGUUCACAGGUGCUUCUCAUGUUGAUCGUGGACGACUUGCUUUCUCUGAUUCCACUUGAUUAUCAUCUUCUCAGACAUUGUAUUUCGAUAAAACUUUCAGGGAAUCACACAAAUGGCAAGAAUUCCAUCAGUGAAUCUUACUUUAAAACCUAUUUGCGUGCAACUGGUGAGUGAACCAGCAAAUAGAAGUUUGAUCAUUUAGGCUUCAAAGCUUCAGCUGCUAUUUUAACAGAAUUUUUGGCU